GGUGCAAGGUUGUGGAGCUGUGGAAGUAUGUUUACGACUGAUGGUUUGCUAGUCUUUAGCGCAUGUUCUACAGAAAUGUUACAGAAUAUAUUUCUUGAAUAUGUGUCGUAUCAUAUGCUUAUUGCUUGCCUGACAGUUUCUGACACAUUUUAAACUGGUGUUUUUGAAAGAUUAUUUUCGCAAAAAAAGUUUUGCGGUUUCCAGACCGAUUUGCUUACGACGUGGAACUGAUCACAAAACUCAAUAAGCCAGACUUUCAAAUAUGGGGAACGGGCUGUCGGAUCAGAAUUCUAUAUUAUCAAGUCUUCCAUCCUUCCAGUCCCUUCAUAUUGUCAUUUUGGGAUUGGAUUGUGCAGGAAAAACUACAGUUUUAUAUCGUUUGCAGUUCAAUGAGUUUGUCAACACCGUGCCAACCAAAGGAUUUAACGCAGAACGCAUCCGAGUCACACUGGGACAUUCUAAAACAGUCACUUUCCAUUUUUGGGAUGUUGGUGGCCAGGAAAAACUGAGACCUCUCUGGAAGUCGUAUACACGCUGCACUGAUGGCAUUAUAUAUGUGGUAGACUCUGUAGACCUUGAAAGAAUGGAAGAAGCCAAAACUGAGCUACAUAAAAUCACCAGAAUGUCUGAAAACCAAGGCGUACCGGUACUCGUGAUUGCUAACAAACAGGACUUGAGGAAUUCCUUAUCGCUCUCUGAGGUGGAGAAGCUUUUAGCAUUAAAUGAACUUUGCUGCACUACCCCUUGGCAUCUGCAGCCUGCUUGUGCAAUAAUAGGAGAAGGCCUUAAAGAAGGACUUGAAAAGUUAUAUGAAAUGAUACUUAAACGAAGGAAAAUGCUGAGGCAACAAAAACGAAAGCGAUGAAUUUGCGCCGUCAUUGCAUGGUGUACUAUAUAUUGAUACUUGGCGUCCAGAUACUUGAUGGUUUUGAGACCUAGACAGCAUCACCACCUGUCAUAACUGAGUUUUAUCAGUUUUGCUUUUUUGAAAUUCAGACGCAUUUUUGUUAGUUUCACAGAGGUCUGAAUUUUGUGAUGAGGUAGUGGAAACAAAUAUGAAGAAUAAGGGACCUGUGAUUAUGGCAUGCAUGCCAUAAUGCUGUGCAUCACUUCCAUCAGUAUUAUAAAAUAAGCUACAUUGUAGCUAACUAUGCAUAUGGUUGUUUUAAUCAACCUUGAGUACCUUUUCAACUGUAUUUUUGGGUUACAAGUACACAUAUCAAAUGGCUGCAGUUUCUUCACUGUAUGUUACUGCUGUUUCCCUGUAUUUGAUAAUUUGCCUCCUUGCCUGUUUUUUACAAAGUUAGCAGCUCUUAAGAUGUAUUUGUCCUACCUAGUUCAUAGCUGCCGACUUGUGGCUGUGGUAAUCAUCAGGGUUGGGGAGGUCAUAACUUUCUUCUUGAAAAAUGCUUAUUUGAGAAGUGUGAAAAUAAGCAUCAUCAGUGCAGCUGGGCCUAGACAAGCACCUUUCUGUUGCAUCAGGUAGAAAAAAAAUUUAUAAUAGAGGUAAGCCUGCAGAGUAUAAUACAGGAAGGAAGGGAAAUGCUUGGUUCUUGAAUCUUAUUUUGAAAAAAAAUAUAUUGUCAUGGUUGGCCAUUUUCUUGGCAAAAAGAAUUUCAUCACUGUCCAUUUUCUGCCAUAUUAAUGGUAUGUUUGAGGUUACCUGAAAAUGAUGUAGUAGAUACUUUGUUAAAGUGUUUUAAAUCCAGAGUGAGAAUAUGGAAUAUUUAAUUCAGUAAGCUGGAUCUGCCACUAAAAUGAGUCAGUAUCAUUUUCGACAUUGGUCUUCCUUUGCUUCCUUUGGCAUACAACCAAAAAUAUUUUGUUAGAACACUAAGGUUAAUUUGUUUAAAGGACAUGUAGCUUUGAUUGGGUACGUAUCAUUUAUGGUGCUACGAAUGCCUUUCAGUUGAUGUGUAUCACUAUUACGUUAGAUAAUUUUCAUUUCACCAUUACCUGCAACAUGAAAGGGAAAAAAUGUAUGUCUGAAAGUUCAUUGCUUGAUUUACUUUUAACAAGCACAGAAAGUUUACCUUUUGUUUGUGAAGUCAACUUGCUCCUUAAUUGAAACUUGUUUUUAAAUGCACUUUAUUGUAUGUGUGUUUUUGUUUUCACAAUUCCAGGCCACAUUUGUAGAACACUGUAGCUUCUUUUGGAGCUGAUAGUUGAUUGCCGCUUACAUUAGUGGCAUUUAGUCUCAUAUUCUGAAAUGUUUAUAUUUAUAUAUAAAUCUGGAUAAUUUUGCUAGAAUUUCAAUAAACAUUUAAAGUUUGCAAACACAA